AUGAGCAAAUUAAAAAAUUCAAUAAUAAGAAAGAGUUUAUUAUCAAUAAACAAGUCAGAAUUAGAAGUUAUUAAAGAAAUAUUAAAGUUAAGAGGUAAUUCAAUUCAUAUAAAUGAGAAUUAUAAAGAAUCAUCAAAAGCUAUUGCUUAUUGUCAGAAAAAGAAAGCUAAUUUAUUUAUCUCAUCACUUAAAGAAAAUAGCGAAUAUAAAUUAGUUAUUGGAAGGAUAUUUAAUAAAGAUUUAAUUGAUUUAGUUAAAUUUGAUAUAAUUAACACCAAGUCAUUUAAAGAAUAUAAUAAAAUACCACCCGAAGUAUUUUCCAAGAGUGCUUUAAUUAUCUCUAAUUUAAAAGACGAGAGGUUAAUUAAUCUAUUUAUUGAUGUUUUUAAUAACAGAAGUUUAAAAAUUAACUUAGAUAGUGUUAAUUAUUCAUGGGUGAUCAAUGAAAUCAAUGGAAUUAUAAAAAUUAGUUAUAAUAGAAUAUUGAAAGAUAUGUCAUUGGAUGAAAUAGGUCCAUCUAUUGAGCUUAAAGUUAAUGAUUAUUACUUUAAUGAAGAAAAAUUUAACAUGUCUAUUCCUGUUAAAAAUAAAAAACAAAAAAACGUUUUUAAAUCAGUUUAUCAUGAUAAAAUUGGUAAAAUUUAUAAAGACAAACAAAAUUUGAAUUUUGUUAAAAAGAAUAGAAGUCAAGCUAAAAAAUUCGUUGAAUAA